CUCUGAAGAAAGCGGCGACGUGGCUGGAGGAGGCCGGUUUGUCGCUAAACUGAGACUCUGCCAAGCCAGCGCUGGAUUUCUAGUGGGCGGGGCGGGCCUGGGUCGUCGGCCGGAAGCGGAAGUGGAGGAAAGAUGCAGGACCAUCAGCACGUGCCCAUCGACAUCCAGACCAGCAAGCUGCUCGGUGUAAGAGGGACAUAGACCCAGUUAGAGAUAAAGACCUGUUAGUGGCCGGGACACCUCGCUGCUGUCUGUAUCUGAUCUACAUACCUCCGUCCCAGUUCAGGGCCAGGGAAGGGCCUCUUCAUUCUGACUCCUCCAGGAUUGGCUGGUGGACAGAAGGCACUGUAAUCUGAAAUGGCAGAGUCUGGUGUUGACGAUUCGAGAGAAGAUCAAUGCUGCCAUCCAGGACAUGCCAGAAAACGAAGAGAUCGCCCAACUGCUCUCUGGAUCCUACAUUCACUACUUCCACUGCCUGAAAAUCGUGGACCUUCUCAAAGGCACUGAAGCUUCCACGAAAAAUAUCUUUGGCCGGUACUCUUCACAGCGAAUGAAGGACUGGCAGGAGAUUGUAGCCCUGUAUGAGAAGGACAACACCUACCUAGUGGAACUCUCUAGCCUCCUGGUUCGGAAUGUCAACUAUGAGAUCCCCUUGCUGAAGAAGCAAAUCGCCAAGUGCCAGCAGCUGCAGCAGGAAUAUAGCCGCAAGGAAGAGGAGGGCCAGGCGGGGGCCGCCGAGAUGAGGGAGCAGUUCUACCACUCGUGCAAACAGUAUGGCAUCACGGGAGACAGUGUCCGAAGAGAACUGCUGGCCCUGGUGAAGGAGCUGCCGAGUCAGCUGGCGGAGAUCGGGGUUGGGGCUCAGUCCCUGGGGGAAGCCAUCGACCUGUACCAGGCCUGUGUGGGGUUUGUGUGUGAAAGCCCCAACGAGCAGGUGUUGCCGAUGCUGCGAUUCGUGCAGACGCGGGGCAACUCCACGGUGUACGAGUGGAGGACGGGGGCGGAGCCCUCCGUGGUGGAGCGGCCGCACCUCGAAGAGCCUCCUGAGCAGGCAGAAGAGGAUGCGAUUGACUGGGGCGACUUUGGGGCGGAGGUGGCUUCCGAAGGGACUGACUCUGGCAUCUCUGCCCAGGCUGCUGGAAUUGACUGGGGCAUCUCCCUGGAAUCGGACUCGAAGGAAGCUGGGGGUGAUGGGAUAGACUGGGGAGACGAUGCUGCUGCUUUGCAGAUCACAGUGCUGGAAGCUGGAACCCAGACUCCAGAGGGCGUUGCUAGGGGCUCAGAUGCCCUGACACUUCUUGAAUACCCUGAGACCCGGAAUCAGUUUAUCGAUGAGCUCAUGGAGCUCGAGAUCUUCUUGUCCCAGAGAGCAGUGGAAAUGAGUGAAGAGGCAGACAUCCUGUCUGUGAGCCAGUUCCAGCUGGCUCCAGCCAUCUUGCAAGGCCAGACCAAAGCAAAGAUGGUUUCUAUGGCGUCAGCACUGCAGGUUCUGAUUGGCCGGCUCACCAGUCUUCGAAUGCAGCACCUCUUUAUGAUCCUGGCCUCACCAAGGUAUGUGGACCGAGUGACUGAGUUCCUCCAGCAAAAGCUGAAGCAGUCCCAGCUGCUGGCUUUGAAGAAAGAACUGAUGGUGCAGAAGCAGCAGGAAGCACUUCAGGAGCAGGCAGCUCUGGAGCCCAAGCUGGAUCUGCUGCUAGAGAAGACCAAGGAGCUGCAGAAGCUGAUUGAAGCUGACAUUUCCAAGAGGUACAACGGGCGCCCUGUGAACCUGAUGGGAACCUGUCUGUGACACCCAUAUUUUUCCUGCCCAUCUUCGCAACCUUCAGGAUGGAGACGGGGGACAGCCAGGCUGCUGUUGAGGGGCCUAAGGCCCUGCAACAGAUCAAACUGGCUAGAGGACGGAAAGCCACAAGCUGGAACCAUCACCUAGAUGGUGACCUUGGCACUCGCCAUACUCUGCAAGAAGCUGUCUUGAUUGGCCCUAUGGCCUAUUAGCCUGAAACCAUAGCUUCUGUUCCUUUUUGUCAUCUAGUUGGACUUAAUAAAAGAGGAAGAGACUCUGGCUUCA